AUGAAUGACGGUACACUCGUCAUUCGUGGAGAGAAGGUUCCGUCGCGAAAUUUAGGCGGUGUUGGUUUUGUUGUGCACCCAUUUGUCGUCCAUCUUGUCGAUUCCCAUGAGAUCCUGUCACCUCGUCUGGCCAUUCUUCGCCUCCGCCCUCUGCGCCAAAAAUCCAUCAGUACCAUCAACUGCUACUCACCAACAUCAGCAGCUGAUGAAUCCGAAUUGGACGCGUUUUACGAGGAGCUGGAGGAAGUAGUCCGCAACGAGAAGUCCUUCUACAAAUUCGUUGUCGGAGACUUCAACGCAAAACUGGGAAAGGCCACAGAAGAGGAACGCAGGAUUAGAAGACUUGGACAAGGGGACUGGAAUGAAAAUGGCAAUUUUCUCGCCGGGCUGUUGUCCGCCACUCGCCUUUUUCAUGGAAAUUCUCUUUUCAUGAAGAAGGAUCAUCAAGUACCAUACUUUUGUAGUGGUUCUGAUCACCGUCUCCUUCGUGCGAAAAUACGACUUAGCCACACGAUGGAAAAGAACAUCUCCUAUCGGCAACGAAGGAGAAAAGAAGUCGUCUACGACGAUUGCGUACUCGAGGGCUCCUUGUCCCAAGGUGACUGGCACAUCGAGGAGGACCCAAACGUGGACUAUGAGAUGCUGCUCAGAGAAUUACGAGCCUGUGCUGAGCGUGCCUCGAAGCCGCGCAAGACAAACUUGAAUCGAAUUUCGAAGACCACCAAGGAAUUGCUGGAAAGAAGAAGGGCUUUGAGGCUGGAUCCGAAUGCAUCGCACGUUGAGCGGUUAGUAGCAAACACUAGCUGCAGAAAAGCGUUGCAGGAGGAUCUUUUGAAGUACAAGCAGAAGAAGAUUCUGGAAGCAGCACAAAGAAGAACGAGUCUAAAGAAGUGCCGCAGGGAUCUCUGCGAAUAUAAUCUUCCGCUGGCAACCUUGCUGAGCGAAGACGGGACUCGCACGUCUUCUCGUCGUGGGAUGGAAAUCAUAUCGGAGAGGUUCUACUCGAACCUUUUCCGUUCACCAACUCCUGUGUCAAGCCCGAUCAUCCCCACUGGUGAAGCUCCACCACGGAUUCUCCCUUCGGAAGUACGAGUCGCUAUCAAGAGCAUGAAACCUGGCACAGCCCCCAAACCUGAUUUUAUAUCAGCAGACUUUCUUCGGGCUGGUGGCCAUUCACUUCAUGUAAUCUUAGCAGCGCACAUGACAUCCCACCUUCAGAAAGAAAAGAUCCCAGAUCAGUGGAAGACCUCGCGAACCUCACGCGCAUGUGCGACGGAGGCUGCAUGA